ACCCUGCUUCUCCGAAGAGUGAGGCAGACGCGACGAACGCAGGACCGUGAAGGGUAAGGGUGGGUGUGCCACUCACACCUCUCCCGAGGGACUCGAGGGUCUGUGCCCGCGAUGGCUGGCUAACGAUGCUGGCUGCCCCGCUGGAGACAAGGCCUGGGCAAAGGGCAGCCCCCUCGGCUCCCGUCAUCAGACCACAUCCUGUUUGUGUUGGGUCUUUUAUCGAGGCCGGCAGCAGUGCCCCCUCCUUGGCCACCAGCGUCCCCAAUGGAAUCCCAGGGUCAGGAAUGUGCGGCAAUCAGACCACAGGGCGGCAAAUCUACCCCGGGGGCCUAUAUAAAGCGGGAGAAGCCCAGAGCCGCACCUCCCAGACAGGAGCCCGGAGGCGCCCUGCCCAGCAGCCCUCCUGGGGAGCAGGCCCGCAGCACGAUGAUAAGCCCUUACUGCCUGCUCCUCCUGCCGCUGGGCGCCUGCUUUCCUCUGCUGGGCACAGAAGAGGCCGCCGCGGGUGGCGUCAGAGGCGAAAUGGGCUGGGCCCACCUGCCCGGGGGACACCGAGUCUCCCUCCCACGGGGCUCCCCCCGGCGGCCGAGAGCUCCGCACCCACUGGGCCCGCUUGUCACGGCCAAGGAGCUGCAGACGUCCGGCAGGCAGCGUGCUGGCUUCAGGGUCCGGUUUGGGAGGCAGGAGGACGGCAGCGAGGCGACCGGCUUCCUCCUGGCGGAUGGCGACAAGGCUAGCGGCCCGUUGGGGACCCUGGCUGAGGAGCUCAGCGGUUACAGCAGGAAGAAAGGCGGCUUCAGCUUCCGCUUUGGCCGGCGGUGAAGGGGCCAGGGCAUCCUGGAAGGGGCUUCUCCGUGGACCCUCCCCGCUGCUGCUUCCAACCCCCCUGCCCUGUCUUCUCCUCGAGCCCGAGCCCGAAAGACCAGAAUACUAAGAAGGCGUGAGGAAUAUUCUAAUGAGUUCUUAGCAGUAGGAUGGCUUAGGUGGGUGCUUCCUUUUGAUUUCCAACUUUGCUGAGGCCAAAACCUGGACGGGAUCCAAAAAAGGAAGCAAGCCGCAUCCCAGCAAGCACCGCCCUGAUGUAGCUCACAGACCGCCGUCUGUUCCAGCCCCCUUCCCGGGUGGUCGGGUCUCAGCAGUCCCCUGGCCGAGCGGCGGCCCGGAGGCUGGGCGGUGUCAGCUGCGCGGUGGACUCGGCUGGGCCAUGAAUAUGAAUAAGCAAAGCUGGCUAAGCCGAAGGCAGGUGGGCUGAUGCUGAUGCUGACAGCGGGGUAGUCAAAGUUUUGACAGUCUCCACAGGGACGUCUGGAGCUGACAUCCAUCCAUAGUGGAGCCCUGACAGCGUGUUCCAUCGGGUGUAGCGUGCGGUUCUGGAAGUUAAAAAACAGAAACAGAAACAAUCUUGCUCUCCGUCCCAUUAACACACGAUCCCCUCUGGCAAGAAAACCCUGCUUGUGGUGUCGAGAUGUCGUUCGGACCCGGCUGCCCCUUCCCUUCUGAUACCUGUGCUCGGCGGUAUACCUGUCUGGUGGGUGAUGAACAGGGCAAGAAUACAUUUUUGCUCUGGCAAGGCUGCCCCUCGAGGGUUCAGGAUAGGAAUGUGCCGUGUGUGUCUUUUGAAAUAAAACUUGUAACUGCAAAACCGUAA